AUGCAUUCUGCUCUUCUCUCUGUUCUCGCCGCCGUGCCCGCAGCCAUGGCCUGCCUGGGUUACGAAGGUGGUCUGCCCACACCCACUGGCACCAAGACUCUCAGUGAGCCUUACUACAUCGGAGCGGGCGAGACCUUCGAUGCCGGUUGGGUCAAGUAUGACCGUGGUGUAGCCUGCGGAGGUCAAUCCGAGGGAGGUGAGGCCGAUACUGUCUUCGUUCUCCGUGAGGGUGCCACCCUGAAGAACGUCAUCAUCGGUGCCGAUCAGGGCGAGGGUGUCUACUGCUUGGGCAGCUGUAAUCUCGAGUUUGUUUGGUUCGAGGACGUCUGCGAGGACGCUAUCUCGAUCAAGGGCGACGGAACCGCCAACAUCAUCGGCGGCGGUGCCUACCAUGCCUCCGACAAGGUCAUCCAGCACAACGGAUGCGGUCACGUCAACAUCGUCAACUUCUACGCCAAUGACUACGGCAAGGUCUACCGCUCUUGCGGUAACUGCAAGGGCAACUGCGCCCGUACCGUCCACAUGGAGGGCACCACUGCUGUUGACGGCGGUGAGCUCAUGGGCAUUAACACCAACCUCGGCGACAAGGCUACCUACUCCAACAACUGCUACCCCAAGGUUCAGUGCCAGGCUUACGAAGGAUGUGACAAGUCCAACGGUGACUGCGAGCCCACCAAGCUGGGCGAGUGCUAG